AGAGCACGGAUUUACGGAUCGAAUAUGGCAACCAUUCAGACAGUCCAUAGAAACAAAAAGGAUUAGAGUCAAUACAAUUUACCUUAACGCUUCAACGCAAAUUAAAUAAUGGUUUUAAAGGUUGAAUUGUUUUUCCUGUUUCAGUCGGCGUCACAGAAAACAUACAACAGACUGAUUGAGUCUUUGUUUCGUUCUUUUUAUCUCAUUCUGUUUUGUUCUUACGUAUUUCUGUUUGCUUUAUCGUUUGUCUGUGUGUUAACAAGUGCUCAAAGAGUAGAAUUGAUGAACAAGGUAAAUUUGAAGUCAACAGUUAAGACGGCAGAACAAUAAAAACCCUGUGGUUAGCAUCAAUUAUUUCAUGUACAAAUGCUCCUUUAACACAAAUUAAAUAAUGGUCUCCAUGGUUGAAUUGUUUUUUCCUGUUUCAUUCGUGGUUAAAAGUCAUACAACAGAUUGAUCUCUCUCAUUUUAGCGAAAACCUUGGAGUAGAGAAAGAGUCAAAAUGUUUCGCUUGCUUUUCGCCUUAGGUCUGGCCUUCUUCCUGAGUUCUUUUGCAACCGUGCUGUAUUCCGCGGAUGGUGGAAGCUGCCCGGCAUCCACGUGCAAAUGCCGCGACGGUAGAGACGGCAGAGAUGGUAAGCCUGGCCGUGACGGACGUGAUGCAGCUGAGUGUAAACCACCAUCACCACCCCCAAGUGGUGCAAUUAAGUUUGGAGACACCGCUGAGGAAUGUACACCGAGUAUUGCUGGCACCGUUCGUUACAGUACUUCCGAGAAUGCCUUGGAGCUCUGCGAUGGCAGCUCUUGGUCGCCAUUGGUGACUGCUGGGUUGGGUCAAACGCCCGAUCAGCCAGGACGUAGCUGCUUGCAUAUUUUAAAUGCGGGUCAGAGUCGUGGUGAUGGACUCUACUGGAUCGAUCCAAACGGUGGCUCAACAGAUGACUCAUUCCAAGCCUACUGCGACAUGGAAACUGAGGGUGGGGGCUGGACCCUAUUCGCCACGAAGGUCACCCCAAGCUUCCUCUUCAUCAGUACCACAUUCUCAGAAGCGGCUGCGAAAUCCACCCACGCAGACGCCGCCAGUCAUAUCCACCCCAACAUGGCGGACUGGAAACAAGUUUUGUUCCGGUUUGCUGACGACAACAACAUCGGGCUUGUUUACGACCGGGCUGCAGGCUCGCCAUCAGCGUCUAAAGCUGAGUUCGAAGAUUUCUUAAAGGGGACAAAUGCUGGCUUGAUUAGGAACCUGCAUGGGUUUUACAGGUACAGUCCAGCAGAUCAGAGAUUUCCCCCGUCGGGUUUUGCCACAAUAAAUGCAUUCCACUUCUUUAAUAACGCUGGAAUUUCGGAAUCGCACGGUGGCACAGACAAGUGGAUUGACAUGUGGCAUAAUGCUGAAACUUCAGACAACUACGUGGCUUCUGACAGUGCCGUCUCGCGAGGCACCAAGUGUAUCGCCGGCUACUGUUAUGAGAACAAGCCAAUCUGGGUGAUGGUGCGAUAGAAACAAACUUUAACGAAUAACUAAGCUAAGCGGAGAUGCUGUCAAGUAAAAUAGAAGUUAGUUUAAAAAGGUGUUGGGUUACAUGUAUCAACCAAACCGUGCAACGAUAAAGGAAACUACUAGAUCGCUUUUGUAGCCAAGUUAUUCAAUUUGGGGGUUCUGGAAACUCUGUAACUACUGGCAUAAAUAAAGAUUUCUUCACGAGACCUUUGAAAAUUUAUUUGCUGUACGUUCAAUGCGUACAAGAUUUUUGCAAAGUGCUUUUUCGAAGCAUGAUAUCCAAUUUUCGGACAAGGGGCGCGGCCCUCUUUAUGUUGAUGAC